CGGGAAGUUUCUCCUCAGGUGAGUUUUAGAACCUUGUGGCUAUUAGAUUGCGUAUGUGUCAUUUGAAUGGAUUGCAAGCCUAGGACAAUGUUCCUGCUAUUGCAAGCGAUUUUGGGUUAUCAAGUGAUGUAACCCUGAAGUCAUGGCGCAAGUGAUAUCGUGGUCCUCUAGUGUUUUAUUUAAUCCCAUACCCUGCUUUAUUCUAUCUGCUAGCUUCAGUCGAAUGCUGUGGCCCAUGGAAACUUAGAGACAGAUGGUGUGAUUAUAUAUGUCGCAUGCUUGGGACAACAUUUGACGAUAUAUAGUAGUUAGCUGGAAACUUCAUAUCAGUUAUCAGUGCAGAGUAUUCAUUCUCCUCCUUCAAGUGUUUUCGAACUGUUCGAGCAAAGAACUCAUCAUCAUUAGCCCACUGAAUACGCUGAGCGUCCCAGUAUGGAUGUGCCUUGGGGUUGAGGUUCUGGAACCAUGGACGCUCGGGCCACUCAGGCACCACUUACGCUUACAUGAUUCCGACGCGUCGACGCGACUUGUCAUUUCAUUCAAACCAACUAUCAACAACCGAUAUCCAACAAGAAAACCAUCCGAAACUGUCCAAGACCCGCGCGUGCAAGGCUCCACCAUCUCCAACUCAUAUGGCUAUCUGCAAACCCUCCCGUCCCUUCCACAGACCUGAGUUGCGAUGAGACGGGGAGGCCAUCCGUUGACAACUGCCAACACCAACCAGGGUCAUUUCCAGACGCCGGACCGGGCCCCUUCGGCGCUGAAGCCCAGAGCAGCGACAACCUCGAAGAAGAGGAGUGCAACGCCAGUGUCGUCGGCGUCUGCGUCGAGACCGCGGAAGAGGAACUCGUUGCCCAGUGCGCGAGACCAGCCCACCCUCACGCAGAUUGAUUUCGUGUCGACGAAGUCGCAGGGUAGCUUUGAGCAGGACGAUGAUGAUCUCGACUAUAUUGAUGGGGCGCCUGGAAAUGGUACUCUACCGUCGCGAGAGGUGAUUGAGAUUGAUGAUUCGGCAGAUGAUGACUACCAACCACCGUCACGUCUUCCGAGAGGCAACGCCCGCACUGUCAGGUUUGGGUCGGAUUCGAAAACCAACCAGUCGAAAAAACAGAGGAAGGAUUCGAACAAGGACAGAGCUGGUGGAAAGCGAGAGACGAAGAACAAGCGCGGCAAGAAGGACAACAAACCAGCAGAGAAGGAUAAAACCCUCACGCAGAUGGACUAUGUGCGCCGUUAUUUGAAGAUCGAGCCUGAUGACGAUGUGAAGCUGGAGUACACCUACGUUACUCCCAAAAGGGAAGAAAGCCAGAGGAAUCGUAUAUCGAACCAGAGGGUUUUAGAUCACGAUCACACUCAGGAAACCCCCGGCGAAAGCAAAAGACGGAAACUGGACAGUGAUGAUGUGACAGAGGAUACAACAGUGAAAUCUCCGGCAAGAGAUGCUCAGCACCAUGAUUCGCAACUACCAAAAACGCCUCGGAACCACCGAACUACCAUUCCUUCUUCGCAGUCGCCUGAAAGCCCGGGACUCGCCAUAAUAUCCUCUUCCCAAUUCCGCAGCGCGCAGCGGUCUCCUUUGAAACGCUUUUCGCCACGGGACAGCCAUCCUAUCAAAGAAGAAUUGCCCCAAGAUGACCAGCUAAGAGUAUCGCGACAGAGUCCGGAUUUAGGAACACUACCCCGACAUAUGUCCCCGACGCCCGUGAAGCGAGAGUAUUCGCCGCUUAAUCGGCCUGCUUUCUAUGAGCCAUCCGCUCAUAGUGCAGUGGGCAUAGGAAACGCGGCUGAUGAAUCUGAACAACCUCCCACCGCCACGCCUAGGACCGUGGUAUAUGAGACCGAUGGUGAAUCGGACUACGACAGUUCAGAGUGCGGCUUCUCUGGUACUCCCACCUCACCCACGGCGCGCCUACUCGAAAGUGAUGACGAUAAUGAAACCAACGACAAACACAAUGACGAUGACGAGCUGCCUGAUGUUGACUCCCAAUAUCUCCCACCGAUUCCUCACACCGAGCUAGAGACCGAGUCCUGUCUCACGUCAGAAACCAAUCUCCCAUCCGAUGCAUCAAUAUGCUAUCGGAGGGUGCAGCCUGCCACACAGUUUCCGCUAGAGCCUAUCCCAGUGUUGAAUACACAGAAAAUGGCAGAACUGUUUCCUGAGGGACCCCACAACUCCCACUCCAUGUCGACAGCUUCUGGGUCACGCCCAUCUCGAGGCAUUGGAUCGCCCAUCCCAUCUGAUCCAUUACACGUCCAGAGCUCGACCCAGACUGAAACUCAGACGGAAACUCAAACGCAAACGCAAUCACAAACACAAUCUCAGGAUCUGGAAAGGACAUCGACUGAACUUGUUCCCGAGUCUUCGCCCGUCGCACGGCACGAAACUAGCAUGCUUACAGACAGCAAGAAACCACUCGGACCCCGAGCCCCAAACGCCGCCGUCCAAGUCGAGUCAUCGCAGCCAGCAGACAGAUUUACCAAGGCUACCAAUCAACAGCAGAAACCUCCCGCCCGAGGUAUCCUCACUGGCAGCCAAAUUCUUACUUCCAGUGUAAUGGAAAGCGUCCCCUUUCCGGCGUUCUGGCUGGGAAGUCAAGAUAGCGUAGGAGAACCCUACAAUCUUCCAGAUACGAGUGGUUGAGAGCGUUACAUUGAUACACGAUAUAUAUACCCGCAUAUGCAUAUGGAUUAG